AUGUCAUCAUUGCAGGGACUCUGCCAUGGAGUAUAUGAUGGAGUUUCCGGUAUUUAUAAAGUACCCUUUCGGUAUGUUCAUGAUACGAAUAUCGUGAAAGCAUUCCCUGGAAUCGGCGCUGGGAUGCUGUCUUGCGUUGUCAAACUGACAUCAGGGGUUGCAGGAACUGUAAUGUUCCCGCUGCAAGGCUUGUACACCCAAUUGACCGAACCAGAAAGCCUCGAUAUCCCAUCUCCUCUUGAAUUAGCCCUUGCUGUUGUCGGACAUGCAGAAGAAUUCGAAGCUGAUAAUCAGCAACGUGUUUCUACUUUGAACGCGUGGAGAUAUCUGGUCCAGCAGGAUCCAAUAUUGAAGAAGAAAUUUGGAAAGACCCUUGAAACAUGA